AUUGCUUGGCGGGACAGGGGUAAAUCCAGGACACCCCUUUAUCGAACUGCUAGUGGGUUUUCUUGCAUGCCCUUAUAAGGCGCAUAUGGACUUGACGAAUCCAUGUUUGGAUGUAUUCAAAUGAAUAUUUUUACUUCGCGAUGACAGACACGUUUAGGUGUAUAUAUGAUCAAACUUACAGACCUUGUACAUUGUCGGGGGGCACACGGAGCGCGUCACUAUCUCACACAAUAGGUUGAUCCGACUUGCUUUGGUGGACACCAGCCAGAGAGACGUAAUGGAGCGGCGACAGCCCUUUAUACAGUACCACCGGGGGACGUCCAAGGAGCGCAAGGAACUCACCAGCAUCAGUGAGGCCUUCAUCCGCCUGGACAUGACCGGAGCUGUGAAGGACAUUCGCAGAUUUAACUACGUGUGUAAGGUGCUGCAUCUGAUCCUGGGCUCGAAGCUGAGUGGGCUGAGUGGGACUGCCCAGAAGCAGGUGAUCAACAUCCUGGAGGCCACCUCCGAACAAGUAUUGAAGACUGAGUACAGUCUGAGCACGCUCCGUGAACUUCUGAAGUCAGCUGACCUGGCGCUCCAGCAGGGGAAGACUUCCCACAUCGGCAGCGCGAGGCUGUGGAUGCUUCACCAGCAGAAGGUCACCAAGAUGAACUCCAAGGUGGACGCCUACAAGAUGACAGAGCGGGAGUGUGAUGGGAAGCUGACGAUGAUGGACCUGCCAGAGGAUUGUAUCCGUGGUAUCUUGAGCUGCCUGGCAGACCACAAGGACAUUCUACACACCUCCCAAACCAGCCAAACCGUCUAUGAGUUGUCGCAGGAAGCGCAGCUCUGGAAGCAACUCUGCUUCUUCCACUUCACAGACAAGCAGCUGGUGACCUUCCUGCCCGUCGCCAUCCACCAGCCCACCAUCGACUGGAAGUACAUCUACAGACGAUGCUACAAGCGAUUCGGGAAGAAGGACAGUUACGCUGACAUGUUGGCCUUGUGUGUGCACUGCAACAACAUCUUCUGGCAGUCCCUGGGCCACCCAUGCUACAGCGAAGAGCCUCCAGCAUCCACACCUCUCAACCCUGAAGAGUUUCUCAAACUCUUCUCCCUGUGAAUUGUCUCCCUUUGUCAUCGGCCUGCCAGCAUUAUGUGAUAAGCUUUCAUUGUUUGUGAAUUGACGAUGUCAGCAUACAGACUCUCAUCCCUGCCCAGGUUGCCUUUGACCAACAUGGCUGAAAACAACACCAGAUACAGUUAGUUGAGUUAGUAUGUGAUCGGUAACGUGAAUUACCGCGUCACCUGCUGGGCGAGUCAAGUAGCUUGAAUGAUGGGACGGAUGCUGGGAACCAGGUGUGCGUUGGAAGGGAUCCACCGAUAUAUGUCCCAGUAGCUCCACCUGGUUGUCAGGCCGGGAAACAUUGAUUGAAGACCACCAACACAAGUCUUGUUUACAACCUGGUUUCACAGACACGUUUGUACACAUCAUAUUUUAAUACUGCAUCCAGGUUGUGAGCUCUAAGUUUGCUAGUCUCCCUGUGAUGUAAAGCUGCAGUUCGGGAAUCUAGGACGGGUGAAUCUCAUUACGCUUGUCAGUAUUUAAGAUAAAGGAGAUAUGAUGUGAAUGGUUUAUUAUCAGAUACUUAAUACUCAGUCACUUGGGGAGAACUGUCACGACAAUCGACUUACCACCAAAGACCGUUUUGUUCUCACUUUGAAUUGCGAUUGCACAGAAGACGAGUAUAGUCAACCUUAUAGUAAGUAUAGCCUACAAACAUGACAUGGAAACUUCAACAACUUUAGUUGGAACACUGUCGCUUGCUUCAACCGACACAGCAGGUAUCUCGUUACUGAAACAUCUGCAAAGUCAAAUCCCUAGUAUUGGAACAUGCACUGCUAGAGGGGUGGAUACAUACAGUUGUACAGACAGGAUUGUGACGCCAGUAGCACCAAGUCGGUACACUCUUUCAUACAAUGAACUGAAAGUAGGUUGUUACCCCAUGACACUCAUGGAGCAGUUGUGUGGUUAGGAUUUUAUGAGUACUUCGAUCACUUAUUACAUUUAAUCCAUGUGCCGUGAUAGAUCUGAAUGUUACAGAGAUCUGUCAAAUGUGAUAUGUGCUGAUUGGUUGUUGUCAAAGAUCUGAAAUUAUAUAAUGUUAAACAAAGUAAUCAAAGUCGAUCAAUUACAUUUGAUAAUGUGCAAGUCAAUGCAAGACUCUGUGGUGACAGUGUCAGAGUGCCAGAGCCAGGCCGGAGUGACGAGGGUCAUGGGCAGUUCCUGGACUGAGGAAAGCAUGAACACACUGUUUUAUUUCUCCUACUUUGUUAUAUGCUCAUGUACAUAUAUUUGAAUGUAUUUUAUUCGGACAGUUUACUUGUUUUUGAUGUUGUAUUUUGUACCAUAUUUAUUUUCCAUGUAAUUUGUUAUGGCCUAGUGUGUGAUGGAGUUGGGAGUUGUCAGCCGUUGUGUGAUGGCACUGGUAUGUCUAUGAUAGUUCAUGGCGAAGUUGUACAAGAAAUUAUCUCUCCUCAAAUGCGUUUGUACCAAGUUUGUAGGACGCAUAAAUGACACCUCAUGUUCAUGAUGAACUACCGACCAAAGUAUCUACAUACACACGCCAUGACUGUCACUGAAACUGUACUCGACAGAUCCAAGCAAUGGCAUCACUAAAUUAUGCUAAAAGAAUUUUACACCCGUGAUGAAGUGAGGUAUCCCGUGAAGAUCCGGGAUAGAAUAAGUCUUCAGCAACCCAUGCAUGCCGUAAAAGGCGACUAUUGAGUGGUCAGGCUCUCUGAUUUGGUUGGCGCAUGUCAUUGUAUCCCAAUUGCAUGGAUCAAUGCUCAUGAUGUCAAUAACUAAAUUGUCUGGUUCAGACUCUAAUAUACCACUGUCAUGUAGCUGGAAUAUUGCUGAGUGCGGCAUUAAACAAACAACAUAUUAUAUCCCACCCUUUACUUUAACUAUGACCGCCACCUUAAGGUUUGACAUAAAUGAUUGUGAUAUAUUGCAGAGUAUCCCAUCAGUGUUGACGUAGAGAUGUACUGAUUCAGACGAUGUUAAGUUUUCCAACUUAGAUGCUAUUGUACACAUCGGAUGUGACAAGAACUGAUGAAUCUGUAAAGACAUUUUCUUUGAUUGUUGGUGACCUGUGUGGGUCCCAGUCCAUGAACAUCAUCAUCAAGAUACGACCACGUCUCCCAGUCAGGGGACCACCACAUCAAUUUUGUCCUCUUAUAAGAUGCUGGGGACUCCGAGUCGGGGGACCACCACAUCAAUUUUGUCCUCUUAUAAGAUGCUGGGGACUCCGAGUCGGGGGACCACCACAUCAAUUUUGUCCUCUUAUAAGAUGCUGGGGACUCAUUCUAACCUGGAAUCCCACGAGGUCACACUCAUUCGGUCCUUAUCAUAGAUUGUAUUCAAUUUUAGCAGAUAGUCUUUCAAGCACUCAUUUACAUGUUCAGAGUGCCGCGGCAAAACAAUAUGGCUGAGAUAGUUACGUGCAUGUGUGACUGCGACUGUGUGAUUGUGUGGGAGAUGUGGAACAUGGUACUUAGAACUGGCAAGUACAGCAGUGUGUCUUCUAGUCACUAUUGGUUAACAAUUGUUAACGUUUGUUGUCCACAAAUCUGUUCAUUCUUGAUGUCAUGUGACCUGUAACCUUUUUGUUCUAUCAUGCAACACAUUCUUGCUUCAUAUAUGUUGAGAGUUAUCUCCCCUGCUCAUGACGGGAUCAAGGUUGUGAUGUUGCCAAGGUCAGCAGAAGUAGGACUAGUAUGUUGUUUGAUGGUUAUAUCGAUAUUAUAUUAUUUAUAACCAGUGUAAUCGCUUGAGUAAUAUAUUAGUUGCAGGGCCUUCUUGUUAAGUGGAUUUCAUCUGUACAGGGAAAGAACUCGCCUGGCAGAAUCCAAAAUCGCCUUUCUGGUGUGCCAGAUGUAUUAGAGAAGGAAUAAAAGAUUAUUGCAUGUCAGUGUUUUGUGCGUGCAAGUCCUUGUUUGAACUGUAUGCUGUGUUUUGCCAGUGAGCAGUGUUGAACAGUCACAGCCUUGUCAUGAAUUGAGGGACGUCAACUCCUUGUGAAGAUGUCUCCCUUCUAUAAACGUUAUGUAAAUAGUGCAGUCAGCUGACAAUUAGUUGAAGUGUGGUUAGCUAGAGAAAUGAUAUAUAUUUUGGUUAAUAAAGAUAAAGAAUGAAUGAAAAUGUUUGUUUAGAAAUCGGGCCCAGUAUUAAGUGUUCCUGCACAUUGUUGAGAUGUCUGUAACCAUGAAAAGAUCUUCAGACAGAAUACAGUGUUAGUAAAUGGUCUCACAAAUAGUCUCAUGUACUGAUACCAAUUAUUAUCAAAUUUUGAUGCUUCGGCAUGAAUAUUAAUGAGAAUAGCUUCAAGAACUUUGGGACUGGCCAGUCACCUUUUGGGUGGGCAACAAAUAUUAGUGGGAACAAGGUUCAUUUGUACCAGAAAAUACUGGUGGUGGGGUGUGGUGGGGAUAGAGACAGGAAAUGGUUUGCUGGCCAGGCUGGCUAUCCUGGGAGAAUGUGUUGUUAGAAAAUAUAGUCUCCUCCUUACAGGGACAUGUGUUUCAAAGAAGUGGGGCGGGGACGGGUCCAAAUUUACUACCCGGGUACCCACCCCCUAUGACCCUACCCUACCCGUCGACCCACUGUAGGUCUCAAGAGUUGGGAACAAAUUGCCUGAUAAGGAAUUGUUUUACCAUUUUUUAAGUUUAAAAACUAUUUGGAUAUAUGUUUCAAAUGAUCAGAUCAUGCAUACACUGAAAUUGACUAACUACGGGAUAGACCUGUCGGUACCCGGGUCCUACUGAGGACCCACCUGACCCGAGUACCCGAGUCAUUUAAUAUGUGACAACUGACGAAGGAACUGAAAGAACAAAACAGUCACAACAUCAGAACACUGGAAUCGUGUUCAUUGCUUGCAUCGAGCCCCUAGAACUCUCACUUGUAUUUAUAUGUUUUGCAACAAUAUUUUUGAUGGUGUUAAGUUAUUUUGUGGCAUAGAAUCUCAUAUGCUUUGGAUAACAUCGUUAAAUAGAUUUCUAACAUUGAGUAGAAUCAUUAUAAGUUGUGACCUUUUAGGUCAACAAACGUUAUUCAUGUGAUACUUGUUGACAACUUGUGAACUACUAACUCAUGUUCCCAUGUGCUGUAGUCGCUAAAACAAGUCUAGAUAUAUUUAUUGUUGGAGAAACAUUCUUAACUUGAAUAAAAAUGUGACAAUA